AAACCAUCGUUAUCAUGGAGAAAAAGCACAAACCAUCGCAAUCAGAGACACCCAAUUACCCGCUAAUCACAGCCCUUCAAUUGACUUCACCGGAAAAAAUAAUCCUCAUGAUCUCCGACCACCGCAGCCUCAUAAUGAGCAACAGUCACAGACGCCAUUGUCGGCCGACCUAAAUUAUUGCUUUCACUCAUUAAACCCGACAGCUGUAGGUACCCCAACUCCCUAACCCUAACCCCACAACUUUCUCUACAACACACAUCGCAUGUGACUCUUCACUCUUCAAUCUCCAAUCUCAAUUUCUUCAAUCUUCACAUAAGCUCUUCCUCCGUCAAUGGCGUCUCUGCUUCUUCUCACUCCGAUAUGCCUGGUGUUGUUCGUUUUACUAGCGGUCACAAGCGCUUCCGGUGUCGACGGCGGAUUAAAGCAGCUCCAGUUGAAUCUUGUCACCGACACUAUGGAGAUGCCGUUUUACGAUGAUGUUAAUGAAAUCGAAGGGGAAGAUGAUGGAGGUUUAACAAUUUCUGGUCGUAGAUCUCUGCUAUGGGGGAAUAUGAGAUACUACAUCUCUUAUGGUGCGUUGUCGGCGAACAGAGUGCCGUGUCCUCCACGCUCCGGUAGGUCGUACUACACUCAUAAUUGCUGGAGAGCUAGAGGUCCGGUGCAUCCGUACAACAGAGGUUGCUCCACAAUCACUCGUUGCCGCCGGUGAAAAUCCGCCAUUGGAGGUUAACUGGUUAUGGUUAAGGUUUGCUUGAAUCAAUGGUACUUCAAUUUGUUAAUAAAUUAAUGCAUUCGCAUUGACUUUAUAUGUAUUCAGUAAUGGUUAUGGGAUUUUGAUUAUUCGAUUUGUUGAAUGACUCCAUUGAUUCUCAUUGAAGAACGUUUCUGAUCCA